AAUGGAGUACGUCUAUCCAUACGAACGUGAACGUGGCCUCGCGCCGCACACAAGUCGCUCCCGUAGUCAAGCUUCACGGGAGGAGGAUCGUUCACAAGAAUAGCCACGUUAGCGCGAGUAUACAAUUUGCUAUUCCGCGAACGAAACAGCUCCGUGUUGUAAACUGUCUGUUUCUUCGGGGCCCGAAGCAUCCCUAUUGGCAUGGAGCUAGGAGCGCACUGAUAGUGAUAGUCUAUGAGAUCUUGGUUUCUAUGCAUUGCCUGCCAAAGAAGAACUGAGCCCAAUGUUUCCACACAAUUCUAGUUCACAUGAGAUUUCUACUAAAACAAAUGCCUUCGUACAAAAUUCCAAGGGGGAUGUAGUAGUAUUAGAGGAAAGCAGUCUGAGUGGGGCGCGGGAAGGGGAACGACCAGAGCAUGCUAGGUACUGUGAUAUCAAAUUCAUAAACAGCAGCAUGAUGGCAGCACCUACCAGCCACCCCAAAGCUACCGUCGCCAAUGACUUCAUAACCGUCCUGCCACGCCAAUCUGGUGAGCUCAGCUUUGCCGUUGGAGGUGAGGCCUGCCAGUCAGUGGCUACAGAAACCACAAAAAAUCCAACAAAUAACCUUCUAACCUACGAUAAUAAUAAUAUUAAUAAUAAUAAUAAUAAUAAUAACGAUAAUAUUAAUAAUAAUAUUAAUAAUCACAACAAUGCAGAACAUAAUCAUCACAAGUACAGAAAGCAAAACACACCGGGCUCGCUUGGUCAGCUAGGCAGCUCCGCUGAUCAGUCUAAUUUUACGUGUAAACCGUUAAGUGAUAAUAAGGAUAGCUUUAGUGAUAUAAGCAUUAGGGUACUAAAGUUAAGUCUAUAUAUAAUUAAUAGAAUGUACGAUGCGCGGCGUACCGCUGGGGUACCUAGCCUAGUUAGGAUACCCAAGUCUGAUCGCCCCCAGCGAGAAUCGCGUUUCGUUAAUAUUGUCGACAAUUACUUCUUACUAGGGUCCCGCCUUAAUCAGGGCGACAACAAUAACUUUAAGGCUAAUCUUAGUCUGAUAAGUAAUAUUAAUGAUAAUAUUAAUAUUAAUAAUAUUAAUAAUAAUAAUAUUAAUAAUAACUCAAAGUCUGUGAUAUUGCUCAGCUCAACCAGUUACGGUGACUACUAUCUAUUUGUGGCCGGCGAUUGGUUUGCUCGUAAAAAUUAUUAUGACAAUGACGAUGACAACAAUGAUGUCGAUUAUUGGUUUAAAAUUAUUUUUAUUGACAACAAUAUUUGUUUUAAUAAUGGAUUUAAAAUUAUUAUGAAAUUACUAGGCGAUAAGUAUUCCCUAGUUACCAUUACUAAUAACGGGGAGGCCGUUAAGUAUGAGCCGCUAAGUCUGUCAAGCAUCCAAUUUGCUGUAAACAGCAUUAACAAAAACUACAACAACCUCAAGACCGUCAACGAUGAUGACAAAAAUAAAAACGAAGAUUAUAAAGAAGUGCAUUUUGACUGGAUUGCUUCCUGGACACGUGCUCAGAAUAAAACGGCGCCACAAAACGCCAGUUCUUCCAUUACGCUUAUCGUUUCCAAAAACGAAAUCACCGACCACACUAUUUUGCAAUUUUUCCUGGAUACUCUCAUUAUUAAAUUACGAGCAAUUAAUAAUAAUACUACUACUACUACCACCAUCGACACCAUCACUGCUGCAACUCCUACUGCAACUAUGAUUUUUAACAAAUUGUUUUGGCAAGUCACCGUAAAUAAGCUGAUGCAACGCAUAUGUGUUCCAUUAAUGAUUAAGAAUAGUAAGCGUUACGAUAACAACGUUGGUAAUAAUUAUUAUUAUAAUUAUAAUUAUGAUUAUUAUUAUAAUAUUGAUGACAGUAGCUGUAAUAAUGGCGAAAAAGAGAUAAAUAUUACUAACAAUAAUCCAGAUGUUAUCCAAGACAUUGUUAACGUCGCUGUGUGCUACAAGACUAGCUGUGUAAUGACUACUAAUAUUAGUAUGUUAGGGUCUCAAAAUGAUGGUAUUAAUUGUACCGAAGCAACAAUAUUUACUGUUGGUGCUCUUUCAUUUCAGGAUAAUUAUAAGUCUAAUAACAAGCCUCUAAAUGAUAGUUUUAAGGAUAAUAAGUAUCAAGUGUCUGCUAAGGUUGGUCAUGAAUCUAACUAUAUUGUUAAGUCUGUAUCUAAGUCUACGCUGAGCGAUAAGUCUAGUGAUAAGUCUGAUACGUCUUAUCAAGCUCGAUUUGACAAACCUGACUAUGACGACGAUGAUUAUAACUACGUAAAGUAUAAGUGUGUUAGAUCGGACGUCAACAUUCCUACAUUGACUACCUGCGAGCCUACGAUGACGCUUAAUAAUAAUAACCAAUCAUCAACCGUCACAUCCAAAAUAAACAGCGUACCUGUUUCUCGAGAAACCAUAAUCGAGAAUUACUCGAACGAUGAUGAUGAUGUUGAUGAUUAUUAUAAUGUUAAUAAUGAUAACAAUAAUACCCUCGGUGUUGAUGUUAAUCCAACACCAUUAACCACCGAUCAACACUCUCAGCUGUCGUGUUCUACCGACUACUCCAAUACUACUACUACUACUACUACUACUACUACUACUACCACCACUUCAACUACUACUGAUAUUUAUCAAAACAACAAUUGCAAUGAUGAGAAUGCAGAGUUUUAUACUCGCAACUGGGCAAGACUGAUCGCAUAUGUUCGAGCUCUCAUUCCUGCUUACUUAGAGGCGUACAAAAACAACGAGAGCAAAUGCGAAAGCCAACGUAAUCAGCUCAAACAAGCUCUGCAUUGUCUUUACGGAGAAUCCUGUGCUGUUUCUUCGUACCAAGAUACUCAAUACGACCCAGUUAUGGACUACAAGCGCAGAUGGGGCAUAUCACCGAUCCUGUUGCUCGCUGGUGGAGGCGAGAGCUCACUUAACAGCGGUACCGGCACCAAUUGGGGAUCUACACCCGCUACAACCCCCAAUAACAACAACGCUAAUCAAACUGGAUGGGGAAGUACACCUGGAAACGCACCGCCGUCUUCAGCAUCCUGGGGUAAUAACAACGUUAAUCGUGCUGUCACCGGUAAUUCCAAUCAAAAUCAAAACCAAGGUCCACCUGUUAACCAAAACAACUCCGGUAACGCCAACAAAGUUAGCAAUCCGAAUCAAACGGCUAAUCCGCAGACAGGACCCCCGGCAUCCCAGCCGUCUAAUACAACUCCAGGUAACCAGAACAGUGGUCCUUGGCCUCAGGGAAAAUCCACUAAUCCAGUGGGUCCAGGUCAAAAUCAGCCUGCGCCGAACAACGGAAAUAAUCAAGUAACACCACAGUCUACAAAUGCCAAUGCUAAUAAUAAUCAAGUCAAUAACACAACUCCAGGUACUGUUGCUACAACAGUCGCGUCUCCCACCAGUAAUUCUUCAACAAAACAGCAGCUCGAACAACUUAACACCAUGAGAGAAGCGCUUUUCAGUCAAGACGGCUGGGGCUGUCAACACGUUAACCAAGACAUUAAUUGGGACGUUCCAACUUCUCCAGAACCCGCCAUAUCUAAAGACGGCGUCCCAAUGUGGAAGCCUCCUGUCAACAACGGAACCGAUUUGUGGGACGCUAAUCUCCGUAACGGUGGUCAACCACAACCGACUCAACAAGCUAAAACUCCCUGGGGACACACUCCAUCGACAAACAUAGGUGGAACUUGGGGUGAGGACGAUGAAUCUGCAGACUCGUCAAACAUGUGGACUGGAGCUCCAACUCCCAGUCAACCAAACACUGCCCAGUGGCCUGGCACUAGCAGCAAUCAAACAGGAUCAAGCUGGGGUGAUCCACGAAUUGAUCCCCGCGAUCCUCGCGAUAUUCGUUCAGUAGAUCCGCGUGAGAUGCGCGAUCCUCGCGAUCACCGUAUGUCCAUCGACCCUCGCGACCACAUUCGCGUGCUAGAUCCCAUGACUCGCGAUCCACGAAUGACUGACAUGCGUGGAGAUCCUCGCGGUAUAUCAGGACGUCUAAAUGGAGCCAGCGCUGAUGCAAUGUGGGGCCAGCCUCCCGGACCGCCACAUCACCAGAUGAGUCACCAACACCCAACAGGUCCUCCAGCUAAAAUGCUCAAUCCGUCUAGCAUGAACCAAUGGGCUGCUCCGCCGCCAAAAGAAAUGAUGCCUGGCAAACCAUCCGGCUGGGAAGAACCUUCACCACCAAGCCAGCGGAGAAAUGUUCCCAAUUAUGACGAUGGUACCAGCUUGUGGGGUAAUCCGGUAUCGAACCAACGACCGAUGCCCAACAGCAAGGUUUCUCACUGGAAAGACAUACCUUCCAGUAAUUUAGGACGUGGAGGAAUGCAAUGUCCACCUGGAAUGCCACAAAACCGAAUGCCAGGACAGCCUGGUAUGAAACCUGACGUUGGAGGACCAAUGUGGGGACAUCCUGGCGGCCCAAGCGGUCGCAAUGGCUCUUGGGGCGAUGGCCCUCAUGACACAUCUAAUUGGGACGAUCCUAAAACACCUGCUUCGUGGAAUGAACCACCGAUUAAUCAACCCAACUGGGGCGGACCUUCUGCUCACAAACCAAAGUCUAUGGGACCCAGUGGUACCUGGGGAGAAAGUGAUAUGGAGCCAACGCCAAAUUGGGGCCAUCCUACUAAGCCAACGCUUACCAAAGAAAUUAUUUGGAGCAGCCGAGAAUUCCGUUAUCUCUGCGACAUGGGCUUUAAGAAAGAAGAUGUUGAAAUAGCUUUGAGAAGCCGUGAUAUGAACAAAGACGAAGCUCAAGAUAUGUUGAGUCAGAUUCGGUCUACAGAGCAGUGGCGUCGACACGAAGCCCCGUCAGGCUACGAUUCCUCUAACCAAGCUAGCAUGUCUUCAGUCUAUCCCAAAUUCAACCACGUCGCGCAACAAAUGUCCUUCCAACCGGGGGCUGGAGUGCCGAGCGGUGCGGCAACUGGCAGCGUAAGUGGUUCGGUGGCCAGUGCAAGCCUAUUGAAGCUCCAACAGCAACAACAGCAGCAAUCGGCAGUUCCACUGCAACAGCAGCCAAACGUCAAUCCGCAACAACCGCCUUUUAACCAGGCAUCGAGAAUACCUCAGAAUCCGCCAAGUACACAGCAACUACGUAUGUUAGUUCAGCAAAUCCAACUUGCCGUCCAAGAGGGUUAUCUUAAUCAACAGAUCUUGAACCAACCGCUAGCACCGUCGACAUUGAUACUUCUAAAUCAGCUGUUGCAACAAAUAAAAGUACUUCAGCAGCUUCAUCAGAAACACUCGGUUGAAAGCUCACUCAAAGGCAACAGUCAGAUGGUUUUGCAAAUAAGCGUUCAGAUUACCAAAACAAAACAGCAAAUUGCCAAUCUUCAAAAUCAAAUAGCUGUGCAACAAGCAACUUACAUGAAGCAACAACAGCAACAACAACAACAGCAGCAGCAUCAAACUGCUCCGUCUCAGUCAUCAGAUUACUACAAAACGCCAGUUCAUGAUGCGAUGUCUGUGCUUCAGAACAGCUUUGGAGAUUUGACUAUGAACAAAGAGCCACCAGUGAGCCAACAACAGUCACGAUUGAAUCAAUGGAAGCUUCCAUCUCUCGAUAAAGACGAUAUAACUGGAAAUGAAUUUUCUCGUGCACCUGGCUCAUCAAGUAAACCACCACCGACACCUGGUAGCUUGAGUCAUUCCCACAGUAGUCCAAAUAUGAACCCACUGUUGGGCCAAAGCGAUGGAACCUGGUCAACCAGAUUGGGAGACAGUGGCUGGCCGGAUGCCGGAAACAAUGAUGCAACAGAUGGAAAAGAUUGGCAACCGGGCGGUGCUGCAUUUGCUGAUCUUGUUCCUGAAUUCGAGCCUGGCAAGCCAUGGAAGGGGACACAGAUGAAGAAUAUUGAAGAUGAUCCUACAAUUACUCCAGGCUCAGUAGGAAGAUCUUUAUCUCUAGCUCCACUCAAAGAUCCAGACACAAUUUUCUCAACUAGCACAAAGACUUCACCACCACCUCAGCUACAAAAUGUUGAUACUUCCAUUCCUAGUCUCAGUAAUUCCACGUGGAGUUUCAAUCCUCCUGCUACUACACCAAGUGCAUUCUCUAGCUCUAAAAAUACUUGGACAGACUCCGCGCCACCACCAACAGCAGUUACCUCAGAGCUUUGGGGUGCUCCAAUGAACAAAGCCCGUCAGGGACCACCACCUGGAUUAAGUAGCAAAGGUACCACCAGCAAUGCCAGCAAUGGUUGGGCUGGACUCGGUGGAGUUAGUAGAUCAUCCAGUUCCUGGGGAAUUCACUCAUCUGGCGGAGGCAUUAACAGUGCCAAUGCUGCUGGUUGGCUUAUGUCCGGCACAUGGCUUUUAUUGAAAAAUUUAACUCCACAAAUAGACGGCUCCACUUUAAAGACCCUCUGUAUGCAACAUGGACCUGUCCAAGAUUUUCGCUUGUACCUGAAUCAUGGAAUUGCUCUCACUAAAUACUCGACUCGAGAUGAGGCUAGAAAAGCUCAAGGAGCUUUGGAUAAUUGUGUUCUUGGCAAUACGACAAUAUUCGCGGAAUCUCCAGCUGACAACGAGGUUCAUACACUUUUGCAGCAAUUGAGUCAUGGUGGUCAACAACAAACAGGCGCAUCCAGCGGGACCGGUUGGGGUUUGAGACCAUCCAACAAAGCUGUUCCACCACCAGACACAUGGGGUGGCAGCUCAAGCCAACUCUGGGGUGCCGCACCCACCAGCAACUCACUUUGGAGCAGCUCUGGACUUGACAGUGGUGACGCUCAAAGAACUACUCCAAGUUCACUUAACUCGUAUUUACCCGGAGACUUAUUAGGAGGUGAGUCGAUGUAGAGAGUGUGACUAUCACACGCUCGUAUACUCGACCUUUGAUGUGAAUAAUACUGAAGCUUACAGUACAGCAAGGAUCCAGAUAACUACGUUUGAGACUUUAACAACACCAGCUACAUUUAAUCCCUAAUCUUUAACCGGUUCGUUUGACACUUUUUACAUGAAAUAAAUAUUCGUCACUUAUCGAAUCAACUCAACGAUAAUAAUUAGGCAUGAUCAACUCAAUAUCUAUAAAUAUAUAUCUAUUAUAUAUUAUAUAUGGCAGUGCGGCAUCUCUGAGUAAUAUAAUGAGCAAGGUGUCGGCUGUUUAUAACAGUCGACAAUUAUUUUCUCGAUACGUCAAUUACAUAUAUGAUAAUGAUGCGUUUUUGGAAUGAGUGAGUUACUUAAAAAAAUAUUCUUAGGCCUGUUGUCUCCGGAUGCAUAAGGUCAUUAAGAAUAAAUGAACAGCCAAACGAUCUUACUGCGAUAAUGAAUAUUUAAAAAAAAAGUACUAAUAUUUAUAUUAAAACAUAAUUGAAAAAAAAAGUGACACAGCAAAUAUUUAAAUAUAGAUUUGUUGGCAAUCCGAUCGACAGCUCGGAGACCAUUGAAUAGGAAAUCAAAUUUUUCUUGUACAUUCAAUUCAACACUUAUUAAAGGAAAGUUUUGAACUGAAUAAUAAAGUUAGCCAUUGUGACUUCGAUGUUAAUGACAGGAUAUCGAUUGGGCAUGUUCUUAAUUAUUACCUCAAUUUUUGAAACUACGCACAAUCGCUUAUGUAUAUAUGUAUAUUACACAGAGGCGAUAUUCAAAUGAUAUAAAUAAUAGAACAAACAAAAAUCAAUCAAUUAUAAAUGCCGGUCGAUGUUCAUUGUCGUUAUCAUUGAAUGCAAAGACAAAUCCAAGGCCAAAGGUCUCUGAUCGUUUCGGGGAGUGUUCCAUUUUUGCUGGACAGUUCGAGAAGACUGCAGCGAGUAUCAAACUUAGACUGUAUCAAUCUAAUCAAAAAAAAAAAAAAAAAAAAAAAAAUAAUAAUAAUAAUAAAAAUCUUAAACGAGCAUUGACGUCGCUGCCCGCCGUCCUGCUGAUGACUAAAAGUAUAGGUAGAACGAGGGAAUUAAGAUUAUUAAAGUAAGGAAAAAUUAAUUAAAUUUAUAAAUAAUAAUAAUAAUAAUAAUUAAUAUUCAGGCUGGCCGGGCAACGACACAACGAUACCAAAUGUUAUCGCAAUAACGUAAAUUUUAUUCUAUAUUAAAUCUAAAUGCCACCUGUCGUGCCAAUGUCCAAUGUUUCUCUGUACCAAUUAUUAAUGUAGAGUUUAAAACAAUUGACGGAAAAAAAAAAAAAAAAAAAAAAAAAAAAAACAAAAAUACAAAAAAAAGUAAAAAAUGAAAAAAAAAAAAUACAAAAAAAUAAAUAAAAUAAAAUACUAAACAUAUUAUUAUAGUAAUAAUGAUUAAUAUCGGGUAAGAAAAAAUCACAUUUUAAUUCGAGUCAAGUCGUGGUGGCAUUAAAUACUGGCCGGUAUUAUAACGUUAUGCCUCCUUGUGAUACAAAAAUAAAUGAAGAAGAAAAAAAAAUAAAACGCGAGAACGGACGAAACAAGUUGAUUUUAAAAUUCUUUAUCCAACCGUUCGCGACGUGAACAAAAAAAAUAAUUAAUUAAAUUUACUAAAAAAUAAUAAUAAGAACAAUAAUAAUUUAAACAAUAACAGUAAAAUAUAAUAAAAAUAAAAAAUUUGGAAAACUUGAACGCACUUUGAAACGACAUGGUGUCGUUCAUAUAUUAACUAGUUUUUCCAACGUCGAAGGUACCUGAUGGAGUUAAAACCAAACGACGAGCGAGCAAAAAAUAAUAAAACAACCCAAACUCUUUUUAGCCGCGUCAAAACAAUUAAAAAAAAAACUGAUUUACUUAGAAAAAAAUUAAUAAAUAAAAUAUUCCGUGUUGUUAAUUAACACGAUGAGCUUUUCCGAUAAAAAUUAAAACAAGAUAUUGCUUUAUGGCAGUCGCAAUAAAAAAAAUAGAGAAAAUAAAAGAAUAAUAUGAUCAUUGAAAAAUAGAACAAUCUCAUUUCGACUCGAAAAGUAAUCAAUCAGCAUAAUAAUAAGAAAAUUAAGUAAUAAAUAAAAUAAAGUUAUGUUUGAAUUUAUAAUAAAAUAUAAUAUUUGCGCAAUAAAUAAAAAUAGGUAAACAAAAAGUUUAAGAUACGGACAAAUAUAAUUAAAAUUAUGACGCGCGUCUAAUCCACAAUUUUAAGUGACACAUAUUGAGCUAAAGGAAGAUUCGUACUAAAAAACUAAAAUAUAACUUAAACCUCAUAAUAUAAUUCUAUAAGUAAUUUAACUGUAAGAUAAAAUAAAUAAAUUUAGCCGUUCAAAUCGUAAUAAGGAGAAAUAACGAUAGAUAUGACAAUGAUACACAUACGCCAAUUUCAAUACAACGCCACGACUAAGUUUAAAAAAAACCUAUAUGUACAUUACAUUAAAAAAAAAAAAAAAAAAAAAAAAAAAAAAAAACGACAGACUUGCACACAAACGAUGAAAUUUUGUUUUACUUAAUUUAUAGAUCGCGUGGGUGCGUGAAUGACGAAUGCCAAUGUGUUUAAACAAAAAUAUGCGUAUUAAUUUCUAGGGUCACGGAUAAUUAUAAGUAUAAAUUAAAGUAACUAUUAAUAAUGGAGAGUUUCACGAAUUACCUUUUCAUUCCCAGCGGAAUAUACCAAUUUUUAUUUUAUUAUGAUUUUUUUUUUCGUCAUCAUUUAUUAUAUUAAUUAAAUCGAUUAGCGCCCUAUUUUAUUCUACGAACGUAGAUUUAAGCUAUUACCUAAGUGUUUUAACGAUAUAUUUAAUAAUUGAAUAUAUUAUAUUAUAGAUAUUAUAGUUGCCCGGUCAGACCGCGAGUGGGAUAAAAUUAAGAAAAUAAUAUAAUUUAAUAUAAUAUAAUAAUAUAUAAUAUAAUAUAAUAUAAUAGAUAUUUAAAUAUAAAUAUAUCAAACUACUCUUCGAAAUAAGAUAAUAAUAUAAAAUUAGUCAGAUCAGAAGUUAAAUAUAAUAUAAGCCUUUGUGUUUAUGUGGCAUUUAGCUUCCGGUACUCGUGUCGGUAUCCGCGGGGUUGUGUUCGUCAAGUCGUCAAGUAUUAGUACUACUUUACGCGAGACUCGUCAGGGUGAAUAGCACUAAAUUACAGGACAAAAAAAAAUAAGAAAAGUAAUUAAUAAAAUGAAUAAUCAGAGCCAGGUGAAUUUUUAAAUUAAAAUUAAAAAAAAAUAUAAGUAUUUACAUACCGCGAAAUUAUGUCGCGUUAAUAAAACUAUAAUAUUUAUUAUUAUUAAUUGAUGGAAUCAAAGACGAAAUGGUGAAACUUUCUCAGAGUAGUAGAAAGAUAUUUGUUGUGAUAAUAUUGAAUUUAGGCACUUAGGAUUUCUUCUAUUCUGACGAAUCAAUCUAUACGGUGGUGACGUCGUGUAGAACGAUAAUAAUUAUUAAUUAAUUAAUAUAAUAUAAUAUAAUAAUAACAACAACAACAAAAAUUAAUAGUAAUAAUAAUAAUAAUAAAAAUAAUUCAGAGAGAUAGAUGAGGGAGGGUAAAGGACAGUUAGCCUUUUUUACCAUCCACACAAAGGCGACACUAAUUAAGGUAUUAAACACCCACACAUACACACUCACAUUAAAUAAAACAGAAAAUGAAUAAAAAAAAUAACAAUAAAUAAAAGUAAUAAAAUAAUUUAGCCGUACACGCGCUUGUAUGCGCACGUAGUCCCCUGAUCAACACAUGUACACGUAUAAAGUAUAAUUUUAGUACUGAAAUAGGAUUCAAAAUAAAUAAAUAAAUAUAAAAAUACUACGAUUUUUAAUAUCAAUAUAUAUUACAUAUAUAUUUAUGGAGAGCCAUUAGCCUAUCAUACAUUAUUAUUUAACAGUUAUCAAUAAAAAAAUAAAUAAAUGAGUAAAAUAUAGUGCUUAGUCAGUUAGUAAAGAUAACGCUGUUUAUCAAUGAGUGUCGUGAGAUAACAAAUGUAUUUGGAGAAUUAGGCACACGCUAUUUGUAACACCGAGAGCUUAUAAUAAUAUCACUCAUAAUUAUAUUCAUAUUAUAUACGUGAGUUAAUUAUUAGUUUACAUAAUAUAUAAACAUACAUAUAUGUGUAUUAGUAUAUGUAUGUAUUGAAUCAAAAAAUCAAAAGAUCUAUCGCCACUGUCGCUCUUUCUUUGGAAAAUUAAAAACAAUAAUUAUUAUUGUAAUUAUUAAUUAUUAUAGCUUUUCUUGGGUAAAUUUUAAAAUACAUUGUAUUAUAGCAAUGUAUUUUAUGCGAGUGCAUCAAAAAAUACGUCGCGCACAACCUUUGCUGCUCGUCCACUACUUUUUAAGGAUCAAUGUCUUUCCUAUUAUUAUCAUUAUUAUUAAUUAUUAUUACUAUUAUCAUCAUCAUUAUUAUUAAUAUUAAAUAUUAUUAUUAUUAUAAUAUCGCUUGCUCUCUCUGUCUAUCUCUCUUUUUUUCUUAAAUAACGUCUUUUUAAAUGAUAAAUCAUGAUAAUUAGAAAAAAAAAAAAAAAUGAGUAAAAAUAUUUAAUUAAAAUAAUAAAAUAAAAUUAACGUGCCUAUCUCCCUGGAGCCGCGAAAAUUACUCGCCCAACAACGAUGCGGAUACAAUCAUGACAAUUUAUCUGAUGCUCGGUAGUGUCUGUAAAUAAAUAACUUUUUAAAAAUAAAAAACAAACAAUGUUUUUAAUUAAUGAGAAAGAGCGACAAUUGCGAUUAUUUUUAGAUCCUCGCUGCAAAGUCUCUCGAGUUUGUCUGGCUAGCUUUUAUCAAUUUUUUUCAAAACCUUUUUGAUUUUUUUCUUCAAGUUUUUAUCAUUAUUAUUACUAUUUUUAUUAUUAUUAUUGUUAUUAUUAUUAAUUAUUAUUGUUAUUUUUUUAAAGUAUCUUUGUGUAUUAUUAAUAAUAAAAUUAAUCAUGACUAGCUGUUUUUUUAUACGUAGCGCGCAAGACCCACGAGAACGACCAACAAAAAAUCAGGGACACGACGUGCGUGAUCGCGACUUUCUACCAGUGACAAAGUCGGUUUUUUUUUAUAAAUUUUUUUAUGUAAAAUCAAGGAGAGCUUGUAACAGCGUCGAGAAUGAGGUUUUAUCCUUUUUU